AACUGUAAGUUAACGGGCUCCCUCUACCGGAAAUGUGACGUAACUGUCACCGUUGUUGCAGUCCAUCAAGAAGUAACGUUACAAAACAACCAGGAUUGAGUUUUCUUGUAGCUGCAUGUUUUGGGAGAGGAGUUAGAAAUGGAGGCCGUUUACACCGAAGGCGUUUGGAUGGCAGAGAGUCUCCAGCAGAACACGAGAAGUCUGGAGACAUUUUGGCUGGUUGUCACUCACAUUGGAGAUCCCAAAGCAGCUUUCCUGUUGGUGUUUCCUUUCACUUAUUUCAUCAGCCGACGGGAUGGAGUGGCGGUGGUUUGGGUGGCGGCCAUAUCGGAGUGGUUAAACCUGGUGUUUAAAUGGAUGCUGUUUGGAGAGAGGCCGUUCUGGUGGAUAGGCGAAUCACGUCUCUUUGUCAACAAGCAGCCCAACGUCCACCAGUUUUCCUCCACCUGUGAAACCGGGCCAGGCAGUCCGUCAGGACAUGCGAUGGUGACGGCGGCAGUCUGGUGGGUCGUGGUUUCCUCCCUGGGGUCAUUUCUGUACUCCCGUACUCACAGUGUGCUGUUAUCAGCUGUUCCUUUCCUGCUGUAUGUGCUGAUGCUGGUGGCAGUCGGACUCUCUAGGAUCUUCAUCCUCGCCCACUUCCCUCAUCAGGUCAUCGCUGGCUCCAUCACAGGUUUCAUUCUGGGGGUUGUCCUGAGCCGCAGAGUACCAGAAGGUCGCCCCCUGCUGUUCUUCUUCAUGCUGAGCAUCGGUCUGCUGUUCGGCACUCUGAUGCUACACGCUGGACUGGAGCAGCUGGGGAUCGACCUCUCCUGGUCUAUUACUUUGGCUAAGAAAUGGUGCAGCCGUGCAGAGUGGAUUCGGUUGGAUACAGCGCCGUUCUCCUCUCUGACUCGAGACUGCGGAGCCCUUCUGGGUUUGGGACUGGCCCAGUACUGGAAGCCUGGUGGAUGGUCUCUUCCCUGGGCGCCGCGGGCUUUGUCUCUGGCCAUCGCAUCCAUGGGACUGUACCACGUUAAUCGUCUGCCGCUGCCGGUCCGACCGCAAGGCCUCUUCUACGGCCUGUUCUUUGUCAAAUUUGUCAUAGUGCCUCAGAUUGUUAUGGUGCUCGUGCCUGGACUGAUUCACCUGUUCACACACAAAAACAAGAAGGACUAGAGACAGUUUCCGUUCCACGUUACAGGUAUCGAUCACUCCUCCAAGGACGACAGCUUCCGUCUGAGUUUCUGUAAACACUUGAAAUGUCUAUCAGUGUAUUUAACGGGUUAUCUUUUGGUUAUAGGUUAUACUAGUCACUCCAAGCUGAUUUUUCUUCUUUUCAACCAGAAUUCAAAUGGCAGAGCAACAUUGUCUUAAGUCGAUUACUUUUUGCUUUUCUUUUGAUGAAAGUAUGGGGCCUUAAAUGCGGGGAUUUUAGAUUUUAAAAUACGCCGUGCAGUAAAUUUAUACACCAUGAUAGAGAUAAGUGUCAGUGUCAAUGCAACAAUGUUAUUAUGCAGUUGUGCAGUGCAGUUUAGGGAUAUCGUGCAUCAAAAAUAUUUGGGAAUCCUUCUGUUGAAGGAACUACUGUAGCUUUCAAAUGUUUCCCAAGAAAGAUUGUGAGGAAAAACAAAGAAUCCUGCACAGUGUCAAUCACUUGUAUUCACUUUAUUGACAACAUCUUGGUACUCAGACCUUCAUCAGGUAAAAGAUGAAGUAAAUGAGGUAAAUACAUUUUAUUCAAUGAAGGUCUGAGGACUAAAAUGGUUGACAGUGUGUGUGAUCUUUUGUUUUUUUUUCACAGUCAUGAAUUUUGAGUCCACACACCUGUCAAUAAGACUUUUUGGUGUGCAUGAACUUUAUAGGAAUUGUUACCCCAAGAACGGUUCAAAUGUAAAAACAUAAAAUAAAAUUCUGUGUAAAAUUCAAGUGCAAAACUUGAUGGACAAUUUUCAGAAAACAGCGCAAUCUUUUGGUCAAACUGCUGUUCAUAGUUGGGUUAAAAGGUCCAGAUGUAUGAUGAUGUAAAUUACAUGAGCACUUAAUAUAAUGCGAUCCAAUGCAACAACACAACAGUACAAGCUUUACAAAUGUAGUAUCCUGCAAAGCGAUUGUAUUGGAAUGCAUCAUAUUGUACAGAAAUGUGUUACUGUGCAGUUGUUGGUGUUACAUGUUGUCUUGUGGUCCAAAAAAAUCAUGUUAUGUCAACCUAAUGAGUAAAAUAAAUGACUGACAUGCAGGGCGUGUUUCAGUUGGUAACCAUUUAUAAAUAUGUUUUUUUUUUUUCCAAUACAUAGGUUUGACUGUACAGAUUACAAUCAGUUAUCAUGAGAUAAAAACACAUUCUUUUUUAUUGUUUUUAAUUAAACUUUUUAUCACAGCGAUCUGAAAGCUCACAUUUACAGACAAGAGAACUCUGCUCAGCAAGCAAAUACAUUAAAAAUAAAAUAAAAGAACCUUUUCGCUUUUGUCUGGUGAGGUUGAAGGAAAAUGAUAAGGACAGUUCAAGGAUAGCAGUCUCCUUAUCUUAAUCCAAAUGUUAUAUCACACACCAGCGUCAGGACACUGCUAUACAUGUUUCUGCUUGAGCUCAUGGAAAGAAUAUAACAUGCAUCAGACUAUUUACAGCAAACUAAUAUACACAGACAGCUUGAAACCAUACACCCUCAAAUAUCUUCAAUUUUAGAAGUUUAAAUUAAGUAUAAUACAGUUUAUACCUUCAUUUCUGUAAAGAUAAGUAGGGCAUCUCUCUGGUAGCAGGUGGAGCUGAGGAUGAGCAGUCAGGAGGAACUGUCUCUCUUUAGAUAUUCUUUAUCAGAGAACCAAAAUAAAGGGCUACAGACAAACGGUCUAUAACUUUUUCCACAUAUACAAAUAACUUUAUUUUCUCAUUAUGAUGCUUUCUCUAUCAGUCAACCUCCAGAUAUGGAGUUUCUGGGUACUGAAACCUCAGUAAUCCUUUAUUUUGUUGCAGAAGACUUAUUUUCCAGAUGUGCACAAGACCAGUGCGUUAGACUGGCCGCUUUGGAGUUACAGGACUGUAACAAGAGAUCUUUUAGGAUGUGGAAUACUGAAAUAUGACUUGCUUGAUUCAGGAAACCCAAGCUGGACUGAGUGGAAUAUGCGAGCCAGUAUAUACAACUUGUGCUAGAAAGUCUAUACAUCUUCAUCAGUUUAAAAACAUUGUUUUCUCUUCAUAUUGUCAUUCAUCACUGCUUUGUAAAUCAUAUAAUAGUGUCUAUGAUAGUCUGUUAUCACCGGUCAGAGGUCUGACCGCUCACACACCCACGUUCUCCAAGUUCAACAAUCAUAACAACAAAGUAAGUAAAAUACAUAAAGUGCACCCUUAGUUAAGAACUUAACAGGCAUUUUUAGUGCAGAGGUGGCGGAAUAAAAAUGCACGAUGGAUCGAAAGAAAUGGCACAAAAGAAUGCAGGAGAAGGGGAAAUGUCUCUAACAGUGGUUGUGUAUGCAUUUGCUUGCUUUUAGUCGCUGAGCACUAUUCAUGUUACCCCAUCACUAGCAUAUGUACUGCAUGUUCUACUCUCUUCUAGGAGCAUACAGUGUUGUUAUGUACGGAGGAGGGACAAAGGCGAACUUUGAUACUCAUCUACCACAAGAUAAAAAUCACCCAACACAGGAUUUACUAUUCAUUCAUUGAACCGGCAUCAUUCAGUCUAUUCAUACUAGAAACAAAUAUAUUGCUCUCAAGGCCUCGUUUUUGUGUCUAAUGCAGCAAUCUGUCCUCAAAACCAGUUUUAUGAAUUCUGCAAAACAAUCAUCAUUAUGAG